AUGACUAAGGAGCAAAGCCAGACGAUUUCGGAGCAGCCUAAGGAGGGUGAGACCAAGAGCGACGAGCUUACCCCCGGCCGUGCCCGUCCUAUUGGCAUCCACCGUGCUAUCAUCGGCAGUUUCGAGUCAUUCCUAGGUGUCUUGACCGAGCGCUUUGGUGGCAAGUGGGCCUUCUGGAUCAGCCCUCGCCAGAUCCUCAUUGCUCCGGUUAUGCCUGCCGUGAACGACUACGUCGAGGAGCUACAGAAGAUCUUACAGGGUGACAAGCUGAAUGUCGAUAUUGAUAUUAGUGGUAACACUAUGCAGAAGAAGAUCCGUACCGGCCAGCUGGCUUAG